AUGCCUUUGGGACGGUCCGGUUUCAAAGUUCUCGUACACGACACCGAGUCCCAACUCUCACCCAUCCUGCUCCGACGGGCGCGGAGCAUCGCAGCCGAACAUGCACAACUGUCUGCGGCCAACAUCGAAAACUACGACGUGUCGGUUGCGAAGAAGAUUGGUGAACUGAGCUCGGUUUGUGAAGCGUUGAAAGACUGGGAAGAUGCACAGAACACAGACCUUGGUCUGCUAGAUACUCGUAUGCGAACUCUGUUCACGAACGCUGACGCCUCCUUCUCGGGACGACAACAACAGAGUCUCUCCGAAUUGCACGCUCUCCUCCACGACCCGUCCUCAGACGCCGAGCUCAAGUCACUGGCGCAGUCGGACAUCGAGUCGACUCUGUCCACACUCCCCGGGCUGACGUCGAGGUUGAAGACGUCGCUGAUCCCGGCGCACCCGUUCGCCAGCAUGUCGUGCAUGAUCGAGAUCCACCCGGGGGCGGGCGGCAGCGAGGCGUCGCUCUUCGCGCAGACACUGCUGGACAUGUACAAGGGAUUCUGCGCGCGCAAGCGGUGGCCGACGACGCUGGCGAGCUACACGGCCGACGACUCGGUGCCCGAGAGCGCGCUGACGGACGCGCUGCUCGAGGUCGACGCCCCGGGCAGCUACGACGUGCUGCGGUCCGAGGCGGGCGUGCACCGGGUGCAGCGCGUGCCGAGCACGGAGAAAAAGGGCCGCACGCACACGAGCGCCGUGAGCGUGCUCGUGCUGCCCAACCUGCCCGAGACGGGCGGCGAGGACCUCGACUACGAGAACCCGGAGAGCGACUACUACAUCGCGCCGCAGGACGUGCGCAGCGAGACGAUGCGCGCCCGCGGCGCCGGCGGCCAGCACGUCAACAAGACCGACAGCGCCGUGCGCCUCACCCACAUCCCCACCGGCAUCGUCGUGUCCAUGCAGGACAGCCGCAGCCAGCACAAGAACCGCGAGAAGGCUUGGCAGCUGCUGCGGAGCAAGCUGGCCCAGAUCCGCCGCGAGCAGCGCGAGGCCGACGUCAUCAACUUGCGCAGGUCCGUCAUGGGCGGCGUCGCCAGGACCGGCCGCGAGGACAAGGUGCGCACCUACAACUACUCGCAGAACCGCGUCACCGACCACCGCAGCGGCAAGGAGACCAGCCACCUCGACGCCGUGCUCGAGGGCGGCCACGAGCUCGAGGACAUCAUGGACAGCGUCAGGGAGUGGAUGAGCGAGGAAGAGGUCAAGGGUCUAUUGGUCGAGGAGGAAAUCAAGACCAAGACCAACCGCGCCGAAUCGCAAAAGAAAUAA